AUGUCAAGCAAUUCACAUCCGAAGACUGAUGAAAGCGGCGACACGGAGAACCUGUGGGAGUCGGCUCUGCAGCAGGUGGGCUCGUCAAAGGCAGUGGCGGCAAAGACAGUGCUGGUGCUGGGCGACUCAAACUGUGGAAAGACCAAUGUCGUCUCGCAGCUAUUCCAAGCAUCGCUGCACCCGCAGACGGGCAACGGGCAGGAUAGCACCACUGUCUCCACAGCAAUCGGCACAAACGAUCCCCUCAGCGAGAUCGAAACGCUGGUGACGCUGAGCAAACACGACCUCGCACUGUCGUAUUCGUACAUGGAUGUGCGCGACGAGGACAACGAGGAGACAAUUGCACGGCUCGGCAUUUUCCAGCUCGCCUCGGAUCGCACGACAGACCGCGAGCUGCUAAAGUAUGUGCUGGACGCACGGUCGUUUGGCGACUCGGCAGCGGUGAUUGUGCUCGACUGGUCGAAGCCCUGGCGGUUCGUCAAGUCGCUUCUGCGCUGGUGCAAUGUGCUUGGGGAGGCAAUCGAGUGCGUGUGCAAGGACACGGGCGGGCGCGAGGCAGCGUCGAACAAGGGCGCAAGCGGGUGGACAUUGGGCAAGGCCACAGUGGAUGAGUGCCGCGAGCGGCUGGAGCGGUUUCUGCAGGAGUAUGUGGAACCGGCAGAGCCCAGCGGAGAAGCGCUGGCAGGCACGCAGAAGUUGGCAGCAAAGGCCGUCGAUGUGCUGCUGCCGCUAGCCAAGGGUGUGCUGGAGGAGAAUCUUGGCCUGCCGCUGGUCGUCGUGUGCACAAAGGCCGACUCGAUGGCAGUGUUGGAGCGCGAGCGUGCAUUCAAGGAGGAGGACUUUGAUUACAUCCAGCAGAUUCUGCGUGCGAUCUGCCUCCGGUUCGGAGCAGCGCUGAUCUACACGUCGACGCAUAACCCGACGACCUUCUCGACGCUCUACCAUUACCUGAGCUCGGCUGCCCUGACAAAGUACCCAUUCCGGCUGCGUGCCAGUGUGGUUGACCGCGACGUGGUGUUUGUGCCUUCGGGCUGGGACUCGGUUGCCCAGAUCAAAUACCUGCGCGAUUCAUUCGACGUCGCUGCGGUGCAGGGCGCCUGGGAGUUUGAUGCGCAGCGGUACCAGACG